AUGUCCGGUCGCAGACACAGACCAAAGCAAUUCUUCAACGAGGAUAUUGUCCAGCGUGUCGAUGACUCGUCCAAUAGCUCAAGUUAUGGUGUCGUAAUGCGCUGCUGGCAUGACAGUGACGACAUACAAUUUCAAGGACCUCCUAUCGACCCACUACUUCGCCCUCUCAACCGUGGUGAAGUCGGUGUCUCCUUCUACCCCAAUAAUACGCGCGAGAUCCUCCCCGAAUCUUGUUUCAAGCUUAUAGACCGACCCAUGCAGGCAGGAGAUGUAUGCAAACGAAGAUACGAAGAUGUACAAUCCGCCGUCGUUACCAGAGCCGAAGUCAAAUUCAAGCUUUCACAUGCCAUCAGCGGUGCAAAACUGGAGGACUGGAAAACCGUGGAUGAUGUUAAGGAUUUUGAUGACAUAGCAGUCGGCGACUUCGUGGUGUAUGAUGAUUGGAUAGGUCAAAUCCAAGAGUUUUUCGAUGAAUCGAUAAUCCAGACGUCCGACGGUUCUUUGGUACGUCUUCCGGAAAUCAGUGCACGCCUCGUCGUUGGAGAACGAGGUUCUGAUAUACUACCGAAUCCUCCCGCAGAAGGUAUUCAGACAUUACUGUCCUACUUCAUGGGUGACUUUCGACCAUCUUCAAACGAUCUUGUAGUCUCCGUCAAGCAUUCCGUAUACGUGGUAGCUUGGAUGGCCAUAAAUCAAAUGCUCAGUCCAGAGGAAGCGUCGAAACGCAAGCGACCUCAGAAGUUCUGGUCUGGUACUGAGAUUUCAGAAUUGACGUUACUUCGUGGGAUAAAUGAUCAGUUACCACGAGUUGGAGACCGCAUCACGUUGAAAUCAGUACUGGACAGCAUGGUUACAACACAUGGUCAAGCGGGUCAAAAGGCAGGAGUGGUGCACGUUGACACUUUUGUCGUAUCCGAAACGCAGACCAUGGUAGAUUUACUAUGGCAAGACGGCCGGACAGAAACGGUUCGAUCGACCGAACUUGUUCCGUACUUGAAUCCUGAUGAGUAUGAUUGCUGGCCCGGAGACCAUGUCGUCUGGAAGACCGAGGAUGAGCGACAAGGCGCGGUUGUUCAGUCGGUCAAUGCGACGGAGCGGACUGCCGAAAUAGUCCUGUACAAUUGGCGACGAGAACGUGUUUCAGUGUUGGAACUUGAUCCACAUGGGACUGAUGCCAGCCUCGGUAAUCCACAAGAAGGUUUCGGCGUCCGCAGAGGUGAUUUGGUCUUCAUUCAUGGAGAAGGAGCGACGAAUGGAUGCUCAAAGCCCACUGUUCCUAGCAUCGGCGAGCUAGAGGCAUGGGUACACGAACUACCAUUCACAGGUGAUGGUCACGGUGAGCUCUCCGGCUGGAGGUCAGAGUUGGACAAGAUUGGGCGGGAAAUCGCUCAGCAAACCGAAUCUACCAACGGAAAAAUUCGAAGACCUACUCCGGGAGAUGGUACUAUAAACUGGCUUGGUGAAGUCACAAACCUUCAUCUAAACGGGUUGAUUGAGGUCACGCUUCCCGACCUUACUAAAAUGGACGUUCCAUUAGAACGACUCACGAGGUUGAAUGACGGUCUUGAGCAGCUCGAGGACCUUUGGGGAGAAUUGUCGGAGGGUCACAGUGAUUAUGAAGACGACCAUGAAGAUGGGAGAAUAUACGAAAUACAGACGGAAGAUGGACGUUGGCAGCAAUACGAAGGCGAGCCGGAAGAUGAAUGGAUCGAUGAGGACGAAGACGACGCCAUGAGCGGAAUUGAAGAUGAAGAAUCUAUCGAGGUCGAAGAGGGUGUCGAUUCUAAUGGGGUUGUAUCGAAUGGAAUAGUUCCGGGUGCAUGGCCCUCCGCAGAUAAGGAGACUAGAGAUGUCAAAUCGCAAGGAUCCUCAGCACCCAGACCAGAAUUACCUUCGGAGCCUCCCGAAUCAGCCGAAGUUGUAAUGGAACUUGAUCAAGGAAGCUCAUCCUCCAUCUCCCUAGCACCUUCAUGGAAACGAUUCGAUAUCCUUCCGUCUGCUCCUCCAGAUCAUGCAUUCCUUAGUAUCUCUGCAGGUCAGCCUUCAAGGCAGUUUAUGGCGCGACUGUCAAAGGAAUAUCGAGCGCUUUCGUCUAGUCUACCGGAAUCGAUCAUUGUACGCACGUACGAGGAUCGCACGGAUCUGCUAAGGAGCAUGAUAAUUGGACCGGAAAACACACCAUAUGAAGACGCGCCGUUUGUGAUCGAUUGGAGACUUGAUGCAAACUUCCCUCAAAGUCCACCUAUUGCCCAUUUCCACAGUUGGACGAAUGGGAACGGUCGCGUCAACCCAAAUCUCUACGAGGAAGGGAAAGUGUGCCUCUCGAUUCUGGGAACUUGGGCGGGUGAACGUAGCGAAUCAUGGAGUCCAGCGCGUUCCUCCCUUCUUCAAGCCUUCGUUUCAAUCCAGGGUCUUGUGCUUGUGAAGGAACCAUGGUUCUGCGAGCCUGCCUUCGAGAAGUUACGAGGCACGGACGAAGGGAAGGUAAACAGCAGGUUGUACAACGAGAAAGCCUACGUACUCUCUCGUGGAUUCGUACGCCGGGCGCUCGAAAUUCCCGUAGGAAGCUUAGAAGACGUCGUUCGAGACAUCUAUAUCACACGUGGCAAGCUCGCGAAAGUCGUCAAGAGUUCGCGCAACCUCAUCGAAAAGAGCAGAACGACAAAGGAGUCGGAUGACGAUACCAGCGACUUUGCCGUGCCUCGACUGACUGAAGGAGGAAUAAUUCCACUCACUAAAACACUUGACAAGUUAGAGACCAUACUCGCCUCAACUACUAGUAAUACUUCAGCAUAGAGAUGACCUCUUUUCACUAUCUUCCCAGUUCUUCUGAAAUUUCGUGGAUGUCCGUCAUAGCAAUGUAGAAAAACCAGCGCAAUGAGUUAUUAUCCUCCAACUUAUAUAUGUAUUUUACGAAUAGACAUUGUACAUAAAAAAUGGCAGGAAUAGGGCUAAUAAAUGAAUGUCGCGAAACAAAAUGAACGGAAGUGACUCCUCAAUAAGUCAAAACAAUGCUCUGUAUGCAAAUAGGUAGACAUGUUAAAAAUGGCAACAACUACGACUUAGUGUACCUAUAAGCGAGUGUGUACGAGGAGGUCGCGAGAGUUCGUCUCGUAAACACUCUUCAAGGAAGGGUAUAAGUACGAAAAUAACCAAAGUACCAUGAAUAUGUGGCCCAAGGUAAGAGUUCAAAAGAGACAUAUGUGUGUAACAAUGAUGUAAAAGAGAAGCAUACCAAAGCAAGUGGUGGUCUGUAUAUCAUCUGCUACAUCCGUAGGGAGGAAUGCAGCCCAAAUGCGUUUAGCAUUCGCCCAUGAAACUGUUCUUGGGCCAUGACUGCUUGAAGUCAUCCACCCAUGUUGUAAAGUUCGGGUUGGUAUAAGCCUCAAUAUACUGAUCGAUGUAGGCGGCAGUCGGGAAGUCGGGAGGAUCACAACCAAUGUUCUUUGAAUCUGGGCGCUGGUAGACGCGUAUAUAAUCUAUUCGCAUUGCCGUUGGGAACCUUAAAUGGUCGAAGUCGACUUCACCAAAGUUCUUCGACAUGCCCAAGUUGACCAGGAUGUACAUAGGUUCCUGGGGAAUUGGGCGAGCAGAAAUUUCUACACCAGUGUCCGCUGCCAUUCCUUCAGAGUUAAGCUGCCAGGCGAGCUGGUUGUCUGAUAUCCAGCCAACGUAUGCAUUAUCGAAUCCGGGCUUGUACUCAAAGCCAUAUAUACUGAAGCAACCUGUGUCAAACUCAUAACAGUUCUGGUCUGUUACGGUAACACCAGAUGUCGCUUGCUGAUAAACACCACCAAUGUAUGAGUUAAGAGUUGUCUUCGCUGGGUCCGUAAUCUUCAUAUUGGCAGAAGUGUUGAACCAGAUAUAUCCCUCGUUGAAAGGCGCCCAUUGGCUGGAUUGAGAGACUUCUCCAAUCCCAUUACCGACUUGCGCUUCGAAAACAUCAAUCUCAGGAGCAGCACGACCAACGAAUGUACCAUCAGAAUGCAUUGGACCGGGAUGUGAUUCGCCUUGACACGUGCAUCGGGACAGGCGCUGACCCGGAAGGAACGACAAGGCACCACCCUGGCCUUUGUCGCCGUUUUGAGUAGCAGCUAUAGGUAAACCAUUUCGAGUUUGGUUCGGUGCCGUACCUACGUCGCAGGCAUCAUAUGUGUAGGGCCACAUUCCAUCAAGAGUAGCGCCAUAACCAGCACGGCCGAGGUUACCCAUUGACCACACUGCAGGCCACAGUCCGACAACAUUGCUUGCCCCGGGUAGAGAAACAUUUGCUUCAAGUAAACCACCAGUAAAGCAGAACUUGUUCCAUGUGCUCAUCAUGCCUCCCUGAUAAUGCAGGUCAUGGUUCUCUUUUUCGCGCAACGUUAUCACUAGUGCACCAUCCUUCGUCGUGAUCGCUUCAGGAUCGUACCACUCUAAAUUGUUUGUUCCCCAGUAAUGAAGGUCGACUGCCUCCCAAUACGGAUCGUCUCCGGGGUAAAAUGAACGACCAUCGGUGUUGAACUCGUCCGAGAAUACCAACUCCAAAUUUGACCCAUCGAUAUAAGAUGGCUUGGUGUAUACGUCCUUGGGCGUGUCCUUGUCAAUCAGAGCCCAGUUGCCUACGUCUGCUAUCUGGCCGGUCGCAUUGAUGCCGCCGAUGUUGAAACCACCGAGAGUAGAUAGCUUGUGACUUGUGAAGUGAGAAAUCAAUGGAUAACCAGCAAAAAGAGUGACCAAUCCAGUAGUAAGAACAAUCAGACAACCCAAAUUUGUCAAACCUCGACCGGUGAAUACACUUCCGCCCUUGUCGAUGUUUCUGUCUCUUCGAGGAUCGGGAUUAUGCAGGUAGUCGUCAGGUUCAACGUAGCUCGGUUCUAUCUCAGCACCCCAUGAAGAAGGGUCUGGGGACAACGAGAACUUGUCUGAAAUAGAGGGGGCAAUAGACGCCUUCGACGCAUUGGCGGCCGCAUAUGGUGUCUCCUUGAGAGCAGUAUUGGACACUCGGGUGCGAGGGGUUGGAGGACCUUGAGCGAACGCGGCCUGCACGGACGCCGGGCCCCUUGGGGAUUGGUAGAGAAGAUUG